UAUAUGGUAUUAAAUGACAUCAUAAUUGGGAUGGUGCUGGAAAUAUGUAUAGAGAGAAAGAGAGAGAGAUUUGACUAUGAAGUAACGUGUUUAGGAGCAAUUCCUCCCUUGACUUUGUAAAACAAUUUGAAAUAGCAGCCUCAUAUCUACUCUGAUAUGGAUCAGAUUCUUAUUAUUGAAUGAAUUGUCAAAUUUCAGUGUAUUUCCAUUCCACUUUUCUCCAUUGGAAAAUCUCAACCAGUUGAAUUAUAGAGAAAGGGUAUGCUGAUAAUGGUAUAAAUAUGUGUCAUCCUUUCUUUUAAUGUUCUGGGGUGAGUUAUUAGGAUCAUACACCCAAAUCCAUUCUCAUGAUUCUAGCUGUAUAUUUUGUUGCUAUUCACACGCUAAAGUAAUUAAUUACUUCUUGCUUUUAAUUAAAUGCAUCUUUGUGUUUUUUUCCCUUUCAUCAACUAUAAAUGUUUCUCCCAAUUCAGCCUGUUCCUCAAAAUAGAACAUGGCGCUUACUGGGCAAAUAAAAUUUCCUUUAGUCUUCUUCAUCCUUUCAAGCUACUUUUUCUCAAGCUCACACUAUUCUCUUGUACUCGCAAGCUCCAUUAAUGGCUUAACCAUCAAACUCGUUCAAAGGGACUCCUCUGAAUCACCACUAUAUGCAGGCAAUCUCAAAAGGCGAGAGAGAAUAAAUCGCCUUGUUCACUACUCAAUAGCUCGAAACCACAACUUUGCUGCCAUUCCUGACACUAUACGUGCUUCAAUGGCUGUCCAAGGUACUAUGUAUAUGACGCAAAUCGGAAUUGGAACCUUUGAUACGCCUCCAAACCCACCAUACAAAUCCUUCUUUCUUAUCGUAGACACUGGCAGUGACAUUAUAUGGACCCAGUGCCAAGGUUGUCUUCCAAACAAUUGCUUCCGUCAGAAGCAACCACCUUUUCCAUCUAGUCUUUCCCGUACCUACGGUUCGCUUCCCUGUGACAGACAUCCAUUUUGCUUCCGAGGACAAUGCAUUGGAGAUGCCUGUUCAUACAGAGUCAGAUAUGUUGAUAACUCAACCACGCACGGAAUUCUAGCCACCGAGAAAUUCACUUUUGGUUCGAAUAACAACAGCACCGAGACCAUUAACAAUAUGGUAUUUGGUUGUGGGAUUGAUAACAAGAACUUCCGCUUUGCAGCGGAACAACGGGAAGAGAAUCAGAUUGCUGGUAUACUUGGUCUUGGAUGGGGAAUUAGAUCAUUCACCAAUCAGAUAAAAUCUCAGAGCCAAGGCAGAUUCUCUUACUGCCUGAUGCAUCUUCUGGAUCCCCAUUCCUCUUCCAUGUCUCUAAGAUUUGGUGCUGACAUUCCCAUAUCACCAAACAUGCGUGUAACUCCAAUGUUUCCAGAGUCAAGAAGCAAACCAGAAGGAUCUUACUACUUGCAGUUGGAUGCCAUAACCAUUGACAUGUCCGGACUUGGCCUUCUCAAGAACUCGUCGAGAAUAACACACGGUGGGAAGUGCAUUAUUGAUUCAGGGGCAGCAAUAUCACAUAUUGAUAGAAUUACCUACGGUGUGCUGAAAGUGGAACUUAUGAGGGUGUUCAGGCGUUUGAAUAUGACAAGGAUCGGAGCGAAAGAAGGUUUGGAUCUUUGCUAUGAAAUGCCAGCAGGAAGGCAUAUUGGUUUUCCAAGAUUCAAGUUCAAUCUUCGAAAUGCAGAUCUUGAGGUUAAGGCUGAUGGGAGUUUCAUUGUUUUCAAUGAUGAGUCUGGGAAACAGGUUGUUUGCUUGGCAAUGCUGGGGAGUAAGGUGCCUGGUGUGAGCACCAUUGGAGCAUUCCAGCAGGUUGAUAACCGAUUCAUAUAUGACACUAGUCAGUCCAAAUUGUAUUUUACUCCUCAGGAUUGCUCUAGCUCUACUUCACGUGCAUGAGAUUGCUUUUAUUUUAUAUGGAAUAAAUUUCGUCUCUUUGUUUUGUUCAUUACUCAAAUGUUUUGUCACUAAAAACAAAAAACAAAAAGACAAAAUUGUAUAACUUUUAUCAGCAAAACUUUUUGUUAUGAAAUUUUUUAUUAUUAUUAUUUUUUUUAAUCCUUGUGGACAAUAUAGUGUGGCCCACUUGGUGGAAUUUUGCAAUAACCAAAUCGCAGUAUUAGUGGAAAUACUAUUGGGCCUCAACACAACGAGACUGGCCUAAAUCAAACUCGGGACCGAAGCCCAUAAGUACCAAGAGUAAUAUUGGGCUAGAAUAAUAUAUGAGCUUUUUUUAAGAUAUUAAUUCUCAUUCUUAUAUACAUUUUAUUUAAAUAUUUCCUGAUGCAUAUGCAAACUCCAUUUUUUUUUUUUUUUUUUUUGAAUUUCUCUGUUUUCUGGAUAUUUGAAAAUUGAAUAGAGAAUCUUUCUAACGGCUAGUUUCAAAUCAAGCUCUCGCAACAAUCUCCGAUACUCAUCCCCUUUCCAAACCAAAAUAGGCCCUUUACACUUCCCAAACUCUUCUGAAGCAAAUUCCAAGUUUCCUAGAAACCAGUCACUCCCAUGAAAGCACAAGAAGCAAAAGGGGGUUCAGAAAAGCAACUUCCUUUUAAGGGCAAUCGGACGCCUUAUGCCCAAAUUCGCCGCGACGGCCUCACAGCCAAAUCGGGGCUCCUACCGCCAGUUAUUGAACUCUUCGGUGACGCUGAAUGGCUUUCGUGGCUCCUCUGAAGCCGGCUUGAGGUUCGACCUCCAGAGCCGCUCGAUCUUCCUGGUGCGAGGCAAUCGCUGGUUAUGAGACUGUGUGAGCCAGAGCCGCCCCGCUCUGGUAGUAAGCGGAGAUUGAUAUUGGUAUUGAUAGGGUUAGGGUUUUGGAUGAUUUGGGGGGUUGAGAGAAAGAGAGAGGGAUUCAGGUUUUGAUGACUAAGAGGGGUCGUCUUGCCGUUGCUUUUCAAGAAUGAAAGAGGUUGAUCUCCACCACGUUAAUAUCAAUUUGGAGAAUAUUCGUAGGGCUGCGUUAGACGGGUAUGUUGAUUAUGCUUUUGCUGAAUUUGGGGGUGUUCAACCACCAGUUUAUCCUGGCUUGUUCACUGUUUGGGGAAGUUUGGCUACAAGCAAGCUUGGUCUCAGGUUUCCCUUUAUACUACCACUUAAGCUAUCUUGAGGGCAGGCCAUGUCUCUCCAAGGGAAAGCGCAAAGACUGGAGCAGCUGAGGAUAGAAAUUUUUUGUGUUUGUUUUUGUAAUUUUGUAAGAUUCAGUGUUGGUUAGGAUGAAAGAAAGGACCAAGGAGGCUCUGAUGGAACACUUGUUUUAAUAAAAGAUAUAUGAUUUUCUGGUUUGAGGGAAGAAGGGACAUCUCCGGAUCGCCGAGGCUCUCUUCCCUCUGGUGAAUGGUGAGCGGUGAGUGGUGUGUGGUCUGCUGUGUUGUCUUUCUUUUUCCUUUCUCACUUCCCUUCUUUCCCUCUCUAAUUUUCUUUUCUCUGCAUGCUUUCUUCAAUCUUUAUCUGCUUUUCCUCUCCUCUUUCACUA